AUGCCCCCACCAGUUGGCCAAGCUGCUCCAGUUCCUCCCAGUGGUAGUGGUAGUGCUAAUGCCCAACUGGAGCCGGCUGCGUAUGCCUGCGUUCCUGUUUUGCCCCUCAAGCCGAUGAGCAAUGGAAUAGAACCCAAUAGUCAUCAGCAUCAUCACCAACAUCAUCAUCAGCUCCAAACGCAGCAGCAGCAGCAGCAGCAUCACCACCAACAUCCACACCAGAACCACAACAACCCAAGCCUAAACACAAACCCAAACCCAAACCAGAACCAGAACAAACGCAAAUUUUCAACCUUCUUUUGAGAGAAGAACGAGCAUGCUUUUAUUUUA